AUGUCUAACUUUGAAAUAUUUUCAUCUUCGCCUUCUAAUUUGCCUCAUCCAUCUCCUGUUAAGGUUCAAGUGGUUCCUAAAACUGUGCCCGACCGCCUCCUCGAGAAGUUUCUCGAUGUGUCCAAAUUCAACUUUGAUUAUUGGAAGAGUGGAAAUUGGUCUCCCCCGUUUCGAAGAAGCGCCUUCUUAGGCUCCUCUGGUAGAAUAUUUACAAAACAAGAAAUGCUCCAACGGCUCCGAAGAGUAUUGGACCGUCGUCCUCGAAGGAGAGAGAGUUUUUUUGCAUGGUGCUGCUCUGAAGGAAAACUUUGGAAAUGUGAAGACUUGUUACUUAAAAGGAAGGUGAAGGAAGUAUACUAUCUUUGGUUGUCUCAUUUGUCAAGUAGAGAUUCAACUGUAUAUUUUUCUAAUGGAAACAGAACAACUUGGACAAACAACAAUCAAUCCCUUCCUCGAACAACAGAAUUCACGGAUGGCUCACUGGCUCGCUUUAUACUUUUUAAGACGGAAACAGGUACAAAUGGAAGUUUUGGCUUCGGGUUUGGCUUCUAUUGCAAUUGCCCUUACGUCGGGUACUGCGACUUGUCGAUCAUGUUUGUGGAUAUGCUCAAUGGUGAAGUUGAUUUUAAAGGACUUCCCCAGGUAGUUUGGACUGCAAAUUGGAACAGGCGAGUUGGAGAAAAUGCAACACUCAAAUACAACCAAGGCGGCAAUUUAUGUUUGAUCGACGAACAUGGCAACGAAGUUUGGUCAUCUUAUCCAUCUGGUAAGUCUAAUGUUGUUGGUAUGAGCAUCGAUGAAAGUGGUAAUAUGAUGCUUUUCAAUGAAAGCAGUCAACCCGUUUGGGAGUCUUCCCAGUAUCCUACUGACACUCUUCUAAUGGGACAAAUAAUAAUGGCAAACCGGCAUCUUACUUCAAGAACCCUUUCUCUCCAUGACAGACAAAGCCUGUUUAACCUUUCUCUGAAUUCCCGUGCCAUUGUCGCAUUAUUGGCGGGUGACGAGCCAACUCGGUAUCUAACUAUUGCACCUGCUGGGGCAAAUGAUCUUUUCUCUAACAGGACGACGACGGAGUUUCGUUAUCUGCAAUUUGUUCGGUUCAUUAAGGGAGGGAUGUGUUUCUAUUACCAAACAGGGGCUCUAAAGGAACCGCUGUUUCUCAAUGCCGUAAAUUCAAGUUCAAAUUCAACAACUGUUCAGUUCCUGAGAUUGGAUACCGACGGGGGUCUUAGGAUAUAUGGGUGGAACCCUGGAGAGCAAUGGAGAAGUAUUUACUUCUGGCCAAACAAAUCAGACGAAUGUUGGAUUCCACUCAGGUGUGGCAGAUAUGGAGUUUGCAAAUGGGGUACCUGCGGCUGUCCGAUCGAACCGGACGGCAAAGACUACUUCACACUGAAGGAUUACCAACAUCCUCAUCACGGCUGUCGCGAAAUCACUCUCCCAUUAACAUUUCAAGGUGCAUCCACUGACUAUGAAAUGGUUCAUUUCGGGAAUCUCUCCUAUUUCAAUACAUUUUUUGCAAAGGCAUCUAAACCUCAGUUGUACACUGAAGAAAGAUGCAAGCAAGCCUGUUUUGAGAAUACAACUUGUAAAGCCGCCUUCUUUGUUUCUAAGGAAAUAGACAAUGAAGGAUCUUGUUAUAUGUAUUCCGAGAUGCUCUCACUUAUGGGAAAUCCACAUGUAAGUGGCUAUUAUUUAUCAUCAUACUUAAAGGUUACUUCCUUGAAGUUUAAGGUUAAUGUUUCCUCUCCGGGUCAGGAAAAAACCAACUUUCACUCUUAUUCUUGGGGUAAAACCCCAUUAGCCGUAUAUUCCUUUCUCAUAACUGUGAUCGUCCUCGUUGCUUUAUGCUUCGUGCUGUGGAAGAAGAUCAACUGUGCAUGCGAACAACGGAAGCAUCUUAAGUCACUCAUCUCGGGGUCUCUAAUAAGGUUCUCGUACAGUGAGAUGUCUUUUGCAACAGCUAAAUUUUCCACUAGACUAGGGACAGGAGGCUUUGGAGUGGUUUAUAAAGGGGUGUUGAAGGAUGGAAUAAUGGUUGCAGUGAAGCGGCUCGAAAACACAGGACAAGGAGGGAUCGAAGAGUUUCUAGCCGAAGUGAACACCCUUGGGAACAGACACCAUAUCAACCUGGUGAAGCUAAUCGGUUUCUGUGUCGAAAAGAGCCACAGAAUUUUAGUUUAUGAGUAUAUGAGCAAAGGGUCGUUGGACAAAUGGAUCUUCCAUGGAAACAGUAGCUUCUAUCUUGAUUGGAAAACGAGGAAGAAGAUCGUCCUGGAUAUAGCCAAAGGGUUAGCAUAUAUCCACGGUGAUUGCAGGCAGAGGAUUGCUCAUUUAGAUGUGAAACCCCAAAACAUACUUCUUGACGAUGGUUUCAAUGCCAAAAUCUCUGAUUUUGGGCUGUCCAAGUUGAUUAACAGGGACGAGAGUGAAGUGGUGACCAGGAUGAGAGGCACGUUGGGGUACUUGGCGCCCGAGUGGCAACACGCGAGAAUCACGGUGAAAGCCGACAUUUAUAGCUUUGGGAUAGUUGUACUCGAAGUUGUGACGGGAAGGAUGAUCUUGGAUUACAGUCAACCCGAUUCGGAUGUCUGUUUGCUUAAACUGCUGAAGAAGAAACGGGUGGAGAAUCGAUUGAUGGAUAUCAUUGAGCUGGAGAAAGAAGACGUGGAACAACACUUUGAAGAAGUGAAUGCGAUGAUAUUGCUGGGACUUUGGUGCGUGAAUGAAGAUCAUACAUCACGCCCCUCUAUGAAUUAUGUGGUCAAGUUGUUGGAACAAGAUAAGAUACCCGCAUUUGAUUGCGAUUUCACAAAUUCCAUCUAA